GGAGACCUAACCAUCAUUCCCGGCUAACCAACCUUCAUUUCUGUUCUGCCACGUCACAUCCUCUCCAAAAUUGCCAUGUCAUGGUACGAACCUGCCUUCCCUAGUCCAAAUAUAUACGCUCCCCAUGAGCUCAUUCAACAAUAGCCCUUCCCUGUGUGAUCAAUCCCUCUGCUUUCAUCCGCCUCUCUGUGUGUUUCUUUUCAUAGCCCCAAUAUUCUCAACCGAUAUCUCGGCCGGUAGGUAACACCUCCCUCCCCAUAUUUCGGAGUCUCAGAACGCGCGUCCAAGCUGAAUUGUAUUGACACACUAUAAACAGCAUUAGUCCAACUUACCAGUGAUGCCGAUGGCGGCCGGGAUGGCAUCGCCGAAGGAUCGAGCUGCUCCUCCUCCAGUGGGGCCCACUGUGGUGCCUGUACAAACGCCGCCUGUGAUGGUGACUGAUGCGUUCGCCAAGGACGCGAUUCUGGCCUGGUUUCGCGGGGAAUUCGCGGCGGCCAACGCCGUAAUCGAUGCGCUCUGCAGUCACCUGGCACAGCUCAGCAGAGGACCAGGAUCUGAGUACGAGGCGGUAUUCGCGGCCAUACAUCGGAGGAGGCUGAACUGGAUCCCGGUGCUCCAGAUGCAGAAGUAUCACUCGAUUGCUGACGUGGCAGUGGAGCUAAGGCGAGUGACGGAGAAGAAAUUUAAUGCAAAUAAUGGUGAAAGUGAACAGAAGAGGGAGGUGAUGUUGAAGGAGGCAUGCUUGGUUGAGGAAGAGAAAGUUGGUAAGAAAGUGGCGGAAAGCAUGGGAAAUGGCGUUGAUGAAGUUGGCGAUGGCGGCGAGGUUGUUGAAGAUGACGAUUCGCCUGAUAGUGAUAUUACCGAUUCAGGAUCUCAAGAAGUGCAGCCCACUAGUGAGAACAUUGACAUUUGUUCCAACCAUGAAGACUGCAAUGUACGUCCUGAUCAAAUAAAGUUGACAAAAGGUUUCACAGCAAAGGAACAAGUGAAGGGGCACAUGGUGAAUGUUGUGAAAGGUCUAAAGUUAUAUGAGGACGUUUUCACUGAUUAUGAGCUGUCUAAAUUGACUGACUUCGUUAAUGAACUCCGAGUUGCUGGUCAGAAUGGGGACCUUGCAGGCGAGACUUUCAUUUUAUUCAACAAGCAGGUGAAGGGAAACAAGAGAGAGCUGGUCCAGUUUGGCGUUCCCAUUUUUGGACAUAUAAAGGAGGAAGCUACAAGUGACAACCGAACAAGUAAUAUAGAACCAAUUCCAGCGCUUCUCCAAGGUGUCAUCGAUCAUCUGAUUCUGUGGCAACUAAUACCAGAAUAUAAAAAACCAAAUGGUUGUAUCAUUCAUUUCUUUGAUGAGGAUGAAUAUUCACAGCCUUUUCAGAAGCCACCACAUUUGGACCAGCCAAUCUCUACUCUUCUCCUAGCUGAAUCGACAAUGGCUUUUGGACGUACUCUUGUGAGUGACAACGAUGGGAAUUAUAGAGGUCCACUCAUGCUUUCAUUGAGAAAAGGGUCUCUCUUAGUAAUGAGGGGAAACAGUGCUGACACGGCAAGACAUGUCAUGUGUCCAUCUCCGAACAAGAGGGUCAGCAUCACAUUCUUCAAAGUGCGCCCGGAUGCCAACCAAGGCCAGUCGCCACCAGCUAGUCCAAUGGCUGGUGCCAUGACCCUGUGGCAACCCAACAUACCAAGUCCUUAUGCAAUGCCUAAUGGAGCUGUCGGAGGGUACGAAGCAAUGGAUACAAUGACCAAAUGGGGAGUGCUUCGUACCCCAGUGGUCAUGCUAGCUCCAGUGCGCCCUAUGGUGUUGAGUCCAAAAAAGAUCCCUCGUGGUGGUACUGGGGUUUUCUUGCCCUGGACUGUUGGAUCAAGAAAGCCUGCAAAGCAUCUUCCACCCCGUGCGCAGAAAGGGCGGCUACUCACAUUACCUUCCAUUGAAUCACAUGCGACAGAUUCUGCUUCUGAAACAGGAGUCAGUGUUGAGGCAAAAUAGGUAGGAUUGCCUGAGACAGCCCUGGGGCCUAAGCAGAACAUAUCAACUAUUGGUACAAAUUGAGCAUUUCUUGCUCUGAAGGAGCCUAUCAUUAUACAAAUGAGGCCUGGAGUGCUGCCAACCAAGUUUGUUAUUUCAAUUCAUUACCUCCUUUUCUCCUCCGUAAGAUUAAGUUCUAGUGUUGGUCUCUGAUGCCAAUCAUGUAGGGCUCUAGGGUUAGUUGAGCUUUAAGUCUGCAGAGUGUGAAUUAGCUCUUAUAGAGGGCAGAAUUUUGUAUUAAAUCAUAUUUAAUCUUUUUCAUAGACAAAUGAUCUUCGAUACGCUAUUUCUAACUGAGCAGGAUAUGUGAUGGAUGUCUUUGAUUCUUA